AUUUUUAAAUUACGUAUGAAUAUAAGUUUUUUAAAUUAAAUAGUCGAAUUAUUCGCAAUUUGUAUCGGUUUUGGUCGAGCUGUUUACCAAACGCUUGUAGGCGUUGCCAGACUAUCGCUAGUGAACUGUAAACAAUACUGCAGUGCUGCCAGAUACAUAUUCAUAAAAUGACUCAGAAGCAGUGUAGAGCUAAAUAAUUUAAUAAUAACAAUAAUAACAAAUUAAUCUUAGCGUUUCGCUAUAAAUCGUUUAAAAUGGGCUUAUUCGGCAAAACCCCCAGCAAGGAUCCCAAAGAGCAGGUGCAAGAAUGGACGCACAAAAUACGGAAAGAGGGCAAUCAGCUCGACAGGCAAAUACGCAGCAUACAACGAGAGGAGGAGAAGGUGAAACGCUCUCUUAAGCAAGCCGCUCAGAAGAAUGAUAGGGACACCUGCAUCAUUCUGGCAAAAGAGAUUGUUAACGCACGCAAAGCAAUCAAUCGUAUUUACACCUCCAAAGCGCACCUCAACUCUGUACAGAUGCAGAUGAAAAACCAAUUGUCCACGUUGCGAGUUGCGGGAUCGCUACAGAAAUCGACUGAAGUCAUGCAGGCCAUGCAGAGUCUAAUACGUUAUCCCGAGUUGGCCGGCAUUAUGCGUGACAUGUCAAAGGAAAUGAUGAAGGCGGGCAUCAUUGAGGAAAUGCUGGAUGAGACCAUGGACUCGCUAGAGGACACCGAAGAGUUGGAGGAGCAGGCAGCCAAGGAGGUGGACAAAGUGCUCUGGGAAAUAACAGAUGGCAAAUUGGGCGAAGCGCCAUUGCCACCAGAAGCAACUCCCGCUGAUAAGACGCCGGCGGCAGCUGCCGCAGCACGUGUUCCCGUCGAGGUUGCCGACGAUGAAGACGAGGAGGGCGAAGAGCUGCAGGAGAUGCAGAGUCGUCUCGCUUCGUUGCGUUCGUAAAUAAGUUGCCAGUAAGGGUCUCUCAAUCCACCAAUACUUACAAUACUAAUGCUUAGAUUCGGAUUAUUCAAUGUAGCUUGUGAUUUACAUUUUAGCACGCCCACAAUUAAUCCCAAACUAUUUAAUUCGAAUUCCCGACUCCCGACAGUGAAUCAAACGAAACCAAAUUAAGUCAGCUCAACUUGUAUUCUAUGAUGUAGAAAGUAUCAAGUAUAUACACAAUGUUUUGGUUCACAUUGUUUUUUGUUCUAACCAUUU